AUGUCGGAUACGCAGGAAAAGUUUCCGCCGAUCACUCCCCAUGCUUAUGCGGAGACAGCCGAGGGGAGCCGAGCCGAAGAUAAUGACCACGUCAAUACCAACACAGAAAUCUCCCACUCAGAUGAGGCUAGCUCAAAGCCUAAUAUACCGACUAUCCAAAGAUGGCGGACAGUAAGCCAGCAAGUGCGGACUCGCGCUGCGACGAUAGCCGAGAAGCUCGGUCGACCCCCCGAAAGAGAGGCUGAUGGCUUGGAUUCGCCAAUGUUACCAGAGCACUAUGGAGCAACAGACGAUAUUCAAGGAUUUGAGGCCCGCCAGGCAAUUGAUGAAGAAGCCCGGCUCCCCAGAAUAGACUAUGAUUCACAAGCUCGGCAUUUGGUGGAACGAAUGGGGGUUGAAUCCCAACCGCAGCGUCCACGCAUCGAAGAACCGCGUUCGGGUUCGACAACCCCAGGAACUCCAGAUGGGAUGGCAACACCCGGAGGUCCACCGGGAGGACUCCUAUCACAAUUGCUCCGUGUGUACGCCAACAACAUCCACACUGCUAGUCGGAUGAGUGUUGUCUCCUCGACAUCAGAAACAGACCUGGAUACAGAGAGUGUCCCAGCAUCCGGCACAGUGACACCGGGCGGAAAGAAAGACAAGUUGAAAUGGUACAACAAUGCCAACCACCCCAGUAAACCAACCCACAGCUAUACCUCCUCCCUCAUCAAUGCAUCCAUGGAUCUGGGCCGGGUCGGGGUCCCUGGAGCCACGGGCCCCCCACCAGUGAAUCCCAAAGAAAGAAAGAAGCAAAAGCGCAAGAGCAAGAAAAACAUCAAGCUCACCGUCCACAUUGCCGCCAUUUUGGCCCGCCAACAGUACAUCAUGCAGAUGUGCCGUGCUCUAAUGAAAUACGGUGCCCCAACCCACCGCCUCGAAGAGUACAUGAUGAUGACCUCCAACGUGCUGGACAUUAAAGCACAGUUCAUGUACAUCCCGGGGUGCAUGCUGAUGUCCUUCGACGACCCGCUAACUCGCACCGCCGAGGUCAAGAUCAUCCGCGUAGUCCAGGGACUGGACCUCUCCCGUCUCGCAGAGACGCACAACAUCUACAAAAACGUUGUCCACGACGUCAUCAGUGUCGAACAAGCAACCCAUGACCUAGACGAGAUCAUGCAGCGCAAACCGCGCUACAACCGCUGGCUCCUUAUCUUCCUAACCGGCUGCGCCAGCGUCGCCGUCGGCCCAUAUGCCUUCAGCGCUCGACCCGUCGACCUCCCUAUCAUCUUCAUACUCGGCUGCCUAGUAGGCUUUAUGCAACACGUUGUCGCGCCAAAUUCAGCCACCUACUCAAACGUACUAGAAGUCACCGCGGCGGUCCUCACCUCCUUCAUCGCACGCGCGUUUGGCAGCAUCCAGCACAACGGCGAGCGAGUCUUCUGCUUCUCAGCGAUGGCACAGUCCUCAAUCGCUAUGAUCCUACCUGGAUUCGCCGUGUUAAGCAGUAGUCUGGAGCUGCAGUCGCACCAGAUGAACGCGGGCUCGAUCCGGCUUGUCUUCACGAUCAUCUACUCGCUUUUCCUCGGAUACGGCGUUACCGUCGGCACGACAAUCUACGGGCUGAUGGACCACAACGCUACGAAGGAGUCGACAUGUUCUAAUAUGGAGGUCUGGGGAAACGAAUAUAUCCAGCACUUCCCGUUCGUCGCGCUGUUUUGUCUAUUCGCCGCACUGAUUAAUCAGUCGAAGCCGAAACAGCUGCCUGUCACGAUCUUCAUGGGGGUUUGUGGCUAUGUUACGAAUUACUUCAGCACCAAGAAACUUGGGUCGAAUCAGGUCGCUAAUACUGUUGGUGCCUUUACGAUUGGCCUUCUGGCUAAUUUGUAUAGUCGGUUGUGGCAUGGUCAUGCGGCUGCUGCUAUUAUUCCGGGUAUCUUUACCCUCGUUCCGUCGGGUCUUGCGUCUAGUGGGUCGAUCAUUUCUGGCUUGCAAUAUGCUGAAGCUGUUGCAUCUGGGAAUGUAUCUAGUGCUGCCAAUAGCGCAACUUCAAAUAGCUCGCUAACCUCGCUGGGAUAUGGUAUGAUCCAGACGGCUAUUGGUAUCUCAGUUGGACUGUUUAUCUCCGCUCUGAUUGUUUACCCGCAUGGGAAGAAGAGGAGUGGGAUCUUUAGUUUGUAG